AUGGCCCCUCCACAAUACAUUAUCAACGCUCAUGUUUUUGGCGAGACUUAUGACAACGAAGAAGUUGGUUUUCUGUUUAGAAACACUGAGGUUAAACGAUUUUGUUUAAGCAGAAAAGCAAAUUUCAGUUACUUCAAAGGGAGAUUAGAGACGAAGCUUGCAAUGGGUGGUGUAUCCCAGAUUUUUUACCAAUAUCGAUUUCUUCGUGGAGACAACCCGGUCAAGUUUAUCCAAGUUGAGAUCAAAGACGAUGAAGACAUGCAGAAUAUGUUUGCCAAUCAUGAGUAUUCUGGUUACGAAUGCAUAGAACUGUAUGUUACUCUACCAGAAGUUCAAACCACACAAAUGGUUGAGUCACAAGUCAUUGAUGCACUUGGAGACGAGCAAGCAGAGGUCGACGUUGUAGAUGAAGAAGAAGAAGCACCGGAAAUAGAAGUUGAUAACCUGGUAAACGAGGAAAGUGAAGAUGAACCGGAAGUUGUUGUACCACGAGAUCAAGUGCAUAUGCCUCCAGUGCACAUGAGGAACCUGAAUUUUGAUGGGGAUGACGAACCAUCGACUGAUAUUUUCUAUGAUCCAUACACCCAAACAGAUCAACGGUUAAAAGUAGGAGACAGAUUUCGUUCUAAGGAGGCAUGUAUCAUGGCCAUAAAAAGAUUUCAUAUGGCAAACAAUGUUGAUUUUAGAGUUGAUCGCGCCAAUGUCGAAAGGUACAAAAUUUACUGUAGAAACACUGAUUGUGGAUUCAGGUUGCAUGCAUCAUACAGGAAGAGAAGUGACUCAUGGGUUAUAGGAUAUAUUUCCCAAGAUCACACAUGUGUUAACACAAAUGUUUCACAAGAUCACCGUAAGCUCAGUUAUGACAUCAUUUGUCAAGAAAUCUUGCCUCUAGUUGAAAAAGAUCCAUCGUUAAAGGUGAAAACGAUAAUCUCUCAUAUCGUUGCAACGUACAACUACACUCCGUCUUAUAGAAAGGCGUGGCUGGCGAAGACCAAGGCGAUCGAAGUUGUGUAUGGAAAUUGGGAGGAUUCGUAUAAACGACUCCCACAUUUCUUAUAUGCGCUUCAAAUUUAUGCUCCUGGAACUGUUACUAUUUUAGAGACCCUUCCGGCGCAAUCUCCAGACGGAACAUCACUUCAAGGAAAUGUGAUAUUCCACAGGCUCUUCUGGGCUUUCCGCCCAUGUAUAAAGGACAGGGCUCUUCGGAAGACUCUUGUCAAUGCCGGAUAUGCGUUGACUCAACCGACGUUCCAAUAUUAUCGCCAAGAAAUUGUAGCGGCAAAUCCAGAUGCAGGCAGAUGGGUUGACAGUCUUGCUAGAGAGAAAUGGACCAGAUCAUACGACAACGGGAAGCGAUGGGGGCACAUGACUACGAAUCUUGUGGAGUCUAUGAACGGGGUGUUUAAGGGCAUCAGACACCUUCCGAUUACUGCCUUGGUGGAAGCAACAUACUAUAGGAUGGCUUCUCUUUUCGCAAAAAGAUAUUUGUUGGAUGCUUAUAUCACCAUUCUUUUGGAGAUCAUGAGUAAAGAAGAACUUUGGGGAAAUGUGUUUUGUCCGAUAAACCACAAGUAUUCUGGACGUACUGAAUUAAGGAUCUCAACCAAACGCAUUCUCGACUUGCCUCAUGUAAUGCUAAAAGUUCUGCAUGAUUAG